UAUCCCUCAAGCAUCGAAAAGCACUAUGAGCAACGGAAAGGUGCGCCAAAUGUUUGAUGAUCGCCGACGUGGUGUUGGUAUAGAUCGUAGUCAUCCACUGCGACCAAUUGUGACAACCACCACUUCAACGACUGUGACAACUAAAACGUCCUCACAACAGUCACCCACCAAUAGACGUCUAGUUGGUGGAGCAAAUGUUACAAGACGACCAGUUAUUGCGAAUACUACUUUAAUGAAAAAUACAACUUCGACAACUCGUAGUAGUGUGAACAUCAAUAACACAGUGCACAACGGCAAUAAAAAUGUAUUCAAUACCAAACUAGAUGAGCUGGACAGUCAUGACAAUGAAACAUUUCCCAAGGAGUUUUCCUCGUUGAGUUUAAAUAACACGCAUGUUAUGGGUUCCCAAGUUACAGGUGAUCGUGACUUUGAUAAUAAUAUCAAUGAGGAAUGCGGUGUAUUAGGAGGCACGAUUGUCAGAAAUAUGAGUGACACAGAUCGAGCUGCUUUUCAUGAUUAA